CUGUGAUAUGCUGGCCAUCCGUCAAGUGUGUUUCCCUGUCUAUGGCCUGUAAUGCAGGGAUAGGCUCCAGCAUCCCGUAACCCUUUUUGGAAAUGUAAUCUUGUCUUAAACCACAACUGAGAAGUCAAUAUCAAAAGUCAACUAAUUCUACAUAAUGACCCACUUGUCCCAUCCAUUUCACCAUGACACCAAGACCGACAUUAAAACCAACUAAAACACUUCACACCAACACCACAACAGCUGCUCCAGGCUUCCUGCCCUCUUUACUGGACAGGAUUCCUUUGCCAAGAUGGGCCAUCUAUGCCAUAUUUGCCGCCAUCAUCCUGGUUAUUCUUAUCUGUGUCAUAUGCUGCUGUGUAAAAUGCUGCUGCAAAGGGAAAAAGAACAGAAAGAAGAAGCUGGACCAGAAGAUCAGUAUGAAAGGGAUCUCAGGAACUACAACCGCAGCACUGGUUCAGCCUGAGACAGAGGAUUUGGAGUAUGGCUCAGCUGACCAGCAGAGAGGAAAACUGCAGUACUCAUUGGAGUUCAGCUCAUCCACAUCAGAGCUGACUGUAGGGAUAAAAGAAGCUGCCGCUUUGAAAGCGAUGGACUCAGGAGGAACAUCUGACCCUUAUGUGAAAGUCUACAUUCUUCCCAACAAGUCCAAAACAUUUGAGACGAAAGUCUUCAGGAAAACCCUUAACCCGGUGUUCAAUGAACAUUUCAAAUAUCAGAUCCCUCAGAAGGAGCUGACUGAGUCGACACUGGUGAUGCAAGUCUAUGACUUCAACAGAUUCUCCAAACACGACAUCAUUGGUGAGAUCAGACUCAAUCUGUCCACUGUGGACUGGAAUCAUGUGAUUGAGGAGUGGAGAGAUCUGAGCGAAGCUUCCAAACAUGAGCAAGAACAUCUGGGAGAGAUCUGCUUUUCUCUUCGUUAUGUCCCAGCUAGUAGUAAACUCACUGUGAUCAUACUGGAAGCCAAGAACCUGAAGAGGAUGGACCAGGGCGGCUCUUCAGACCCUUACGUGAAAGUUCAAUUGAUUCUGGAUAAGAAAAAGUGGAAGAAGAAGAAAACAUCAGUGAAGAAGCGGACACUGAAUCCAUACUUCAAUGAAUCUUUCACUUUUGAAGUGUCAUUUGAACAGAUUCAAAAAGUCCAGCUGGUCAUCUCUGUGUGGGAUCAUGACAAAAUGAGCAGAAAUGAUGCGAUCGGCAAGAUCUAUCUUGGCUGUGAUGCUACAGGAAACCAGCUGCGUCAUUGGGCGGAUAUGCUGUCCAACCCACGCAAGCCUGUGGCUCAAUGGCACACGUUACUCUCUUCUGAACAGGUGGACACAACGCUGGCCUUGAAACACACGCUAAAGAUCCCAUUCACAAACAAAGCCUUCUGAAAAACCUGCAUUCCCAUUCCUUUGUAACAAUAUUCACAAGAAUUUCAAUAAGUUAUACAGUGCAAUAGACAGAGUGGACCAUGACCAUUCUUUUUCAUUUUUUUUAUAACGAUCCAUAUUGUUUUAGUGAAACAUUUCAAUACUCUCUCCUAUGUUUUCUUCUCCAUCAUUUGCAGCUGUUAGUAAGUCCAAUACAUUUUAGUGAAUCGUUCAUAUGAAAGUAAAUCUGUUUAUAAGAAUGAUCUUCUUUAGAAUAGCUUUUUUACUUAAUUUUACAGUUUUAUUGUUCAUAUCGAGGGGUGAGAACCAGAAGGGCGUAAGUGGCAUUUCACCAACUUUACAGGAGAGCGAAAAUAAAAAUUCUACCAUAGUUUGAUCUGAUUUUGUGUGCUGAUUUCAACUGUUUAUAAUACAAAUUUGUACACUCGUGGAUGACAGUACUUUUGCCAGUAGAAAGAGCUCAUUAAGAGCUUUCAUUUGACGUAUAUAUCUCCAUUUCACCAAAAAUGUCACUUACGCCUUCGAUAUAAUUUCUGAACAUGUUUUUAAAAACCUUCUUAUGUUUUGAAGCUUGGGAUAAAAAGAUGAUACGUUCAGUGCUGGGUUUUUAAAAAUGCAGACGCGAGACAGUUGUAUCAGGUUUGGCGAGUUCACACACACACAGGCGCGUGUUGAUUUCUCUUGUGACUACAGUAAGCACUAGAUAAGGGUGUGAAUAUCAGGCUGUCAGCACACAUGUGGGCCAAUUACAGCAUUUUAAUGAGGUUUCUUCCAUUGAGCAGGUUUACAGAAUGCUAAAGGCUGGAGAACUCAUUAGUUGCUUUUGCACAGUCAUGUUUUAAACACUCAGGUACAUUUUAAAAUGUAUAAUUCAGAAUUCAUUAUUUUCUGUAAUCAACAAGCACACGGGAAAAUAGUCAGGCACUUCUUGUACCUUCUUUAAGAUGUACUUUGAUUGAUAUAUGUCCUGUUUGUAUAAAAUCAAUGAAACCAAAGCAUUUAAAAUUGCCAUUACACAAAUAAAAAAAGUUUUUUUUGCACUUUCUGAAGUAAAUGCGAGCUCAUUUAAAACUUGCUACCAUGAUAUAAGAAUGGUUGAAUUGGUAUGUGUUAACUAAGGUGUUCUGAGUUGUUGUGUGGUUGCUGAAUUGUUGGCCCAGUUCAAAAAAAUGUCUUUAUAAUGUUACAGUCCCUGGGUAUUAUUAUAAAUAUAUACAUACAUAGCUAUUUAGCUUAAAUAUCUAUUUAUUUAAAUUUGACUUUUUAAAUGUUUUAUAUAUCUGAAGUUACGUCGC